AUAUGGUGUAUUUUUUUUAUCAGUGGCAUCAUUGAUGGUUUUCUUGGAUUAAUUUUAAUGGCAUUGGUUGAUCCAAACCAAUUGGAUAUCAGAAUCGAUUGAGAUAUUUUUUCAACAAUAUUUUACAUUGGUUCAAGUUUUAUUUAGUCGCUUUAUCGUUUCAUUGUACUUAGUUUCAUUCCAGUAGGAGACGUAGAAGCGUAACGUAAUUAUACGUAACCAUACUAAAAUUCUUAAUUUACGUAUGCAGAUACAAAAUAAUUAUAUUUGCUUUAAAUGAUUUUUCUUUAUAUUAAGUGCCAGUGCCUGUUUGCCUCGUUAGCCAAUUCGUUAUUAUUUAGAACUCAUAUAAUAUAAGGUACCCAACAAACUGAUUCAAUUGUUUUUCUAUCUAUAUUUUCAUUUCACCAUUUUUUCUUAUUUUAUCUGUAUAUUACUUCUUUCCUACACAUGAUGUUCCAGGAAUCUCGAAAAAAAUUGUAGGAUUAAAAAAAAUAAUGUUAAAAAUGCUACUCGAUGUUUACAGAAAGCAUGUCAGUGAACAGUGUGAAAGGUACCACUCGUAAAUAGUGGUUAAUCCGUUUCAGUUUCGUGGUUGGUUGUUGGUUCUUGUGUAUCCACCUAAAUAAGUUAAUUUAAACAGACACAUAUGUACGAUUUUUCGGAAAUUCCAAAGAAUCUUUCAUGACUAUAUCGCUAUACAAAUAGAACCGUAAUAUAUUUUGAUUUUUACCAAUUUAUAAAUCGCUAUAAAAGUUCUCUGUUGAUCGGUUGUUGUCGAUACGGUGUGUACCUAUAGAUCGAACGCGUGGAGAAUCGGUUACGAUACUGUUCCACCUUUCGAUAUCUUCUUUCGAUUAUUUUCCACAAAAUAUUUUCCGAAAGAAAUCAAAGUGUGUUCCAUGUUCUAUGCCAUUACGAUAUUACUUUCCAAGGGAACGGUCAUGCAGAUCAUCUGCAGAGUAAUGUAAUGAAUAGCUGUGGGAACUCUAAUAUUAGCACCAAGCUACGUGGAUCUAAGUGUUCGGAGAUACAGGAAGAAUCUGUUAGUAACAAUCGAGCUAGUGUGUUAGAGAAAGGAGAUGUUGGUGUUCUAAGUGGAUAUAACUCCAAUGAUUUUAAUGCUCCAAGAGGCACUUUGGUCAUUUGUCCAAGAAAUACAAACAACUAUUCGUCUGAUCAUAGUUUCUCUAGAUUUAAACCAAGAAUUGGUGGUGUUCCACGCAAUGAAUUUCGAAUGGCUCGAGGAGGUAGCUCUGGAGAUCGUGCCAGAGGCUCUUUACGGGGUAGGGCCUUUAAAAAGACACCUAUCGAACGUGAUUCCAAUACAGAAACUAGUUACUACCCUACGACUAGACCAAAAUUUCAAGAAUCGCUGAAAAAUCAAGAAAAUGUACAAGGAAAAUAUUAUGAUGACAAAAGAAUAAAUGAAGAUUCUAGAAUUUCCAAACUUUUAAGAAGAUUGUAUCGGGAAGAUGAUUAUGAUCAUUUUAUGGUGUUGUGCAAACAAGCACAAGAAGGUAUAAUAGCGCUUGAAAAUCAAAGAUACAUAAGACGAAAUUUGGAUGUCAUCUGUGAAAGCCUAUUAGAUAUACUACAUACUGGGCCUGGACAAGAGGCAAAACAGCAAGUCGCAAAAUGUUUAGGACGUAUCGGUUACGCAACUGAACAAGAUUAUAAACGAUACAUGGAUUGGGUCUUUAAUAAAUAUUCACUGGAACGGAAAGAUGAUAUAAAGUGCCUUCUAAUUAAAUCAUUCGUUGAAGCUUUUAAAUUGGAUGCAGAGGCGCCAAGGCUGAAAGAAUUUUCAGUGCUAAUGAUGUCGCAAUUGCAAUCGACGCUAGAAAAUGUUGAUCGAUCCGAUCUAUUAGUAGCAACAGUGGAUGCGAUAUUACUGAUAAUGGAGUCUUAUCCUGAAACGUUUUCAAAUCACUUCCGUGAUACAGUUGAUAUAUUAGUUGGCUGGCAUAUCGACUCGACGCAACAAAAGACAAUUGUAGCUUAUGCCAGUCGUAGUUUGCAAAGGUUACGAACUUUUUGGAUAGCGGAUUUACAGUUUACUUUAACCCUACUAGGACAAUUUUUAGAGGACAUGGAAAGCUAUGAUGAGGAAUUAUCUUUACCAGAAUGUGGUAGGAGUUCUCCUGGAGAUGAAGCAUCUCCCACUUCCAGAGAAUCUAUUCGACGUAUUACAUCCUUAAUCUCGGUGUUUAAUACAGUUACAAAAAGUAUAUCUGAGCAUUUGAAUCCUAAUCUCACACCAAGCGUACAGUGGUCAUUUUUAUCUGAUUGUUUAUCAAAAAUGCUGAAAACAGUCGUUAAAGCGAUUGAAUUGGACAACGAUGAAACCUGGCUUUCGAAUUUUAAAGUUACACCCGAAAUUACCGAAGAAUUAUUAAAAUGCGUAAAAAAUGUGCGCAUCGUACCAAAAAAUUCCGAUAAAUCAGAACUAAUCGAAGAGGAUGUCAUCAAUAUGUUUAAAUCUUUGAAUUUGAAUAAAAAUAAAUUAAAAGAUUUAAAGCAAAAUAUCGAGCAAGAUGCUGCAUUGAAAGAAAGAGAAUCAUUGUUAAAUAUAAUACAAUGGACGGAGAUAAAAAUGAAGAAAGAUUUAAAUCUAACAGAGGAAAAAGAAGAAUUAAUAGUUGUUGCAAAUGAAUGCGCAUUUUUAUUAUUAGGUCAUCUUCAGAGUCGUAUAACAAAAAAUCAUGAGCUACUUUAUAAGUUUAUUGAUCUUCAGUUAAAAAGGAUCAGUAUCUUUUGGGAUGACACCAUAAUUUCUAUGUUAAAUACUAUUUCAAAAAUAAUAAAAGAAGUCUCCGCGAACUUGCCACUUGAACUAGUUCAUAAAUUGCUUGGGAAAGACUCUGCUUUACUCAAAUUGAGAUUUCAUGAUUCAAUUUCUAUCCAAAACGCCAGUCUUGGAGUAUAUCAUAGUCUUCUUAGUCUAAAAAAUAUUCCAUUAUUACAAGAAUCGUAUCGUUACAUAUUGUCGGACUUGGAAAUUGCUUAUAAACUUAUCUUAACAGAUAUCGAAAAUUUAGUAACAGAUAAUCCAUUACUUGAUGAUAUUAAAUACAAAAAGAAUGAUGCAGAAAUUGUAGUUACCUUUUUGCUAAGAGCUCUUUCUGAUAUAGCUAACGCGAGUAAUUCUAUCAUUGGUAUGUGGGCAUUAAAACCAAGCAUUUUAGAACUCUUGGCAGUUAAGCUGAGACCUUAUGACAGCAGUUUAUCGUUAACUAGUCCGUUCUUGCAAUAUAGCAUUUUGUAUUUGCUAUAUGCACAUUGUUCUAGAUAUAAUCAUUUUGUGCCAAGUUCAAGCUUAAUAACUGGAACUACUGCUUGUCGUCCAAUGGAUAUGUUUCCAGGAGCAUUGGAUGUUCCAACAACAUCACCUACUAGUGGUCAUCUUUCCAUAAUUCUAAACUUAAUAGCUAAAACUUAUAAUGAAUGCACACCAGAGCAAACGUUAUUGCUUUUAUCAACAUGGAUGCAAGAAAUUUGUAUACAAGCGGAAAAUUACAUUGGCAUUUUGAGUAAAACAAAGGAGUAUGAGAAUGUUCUCACAAGUCUUGUUACGUGUGGAGCUACCAUCGAUCGAGAUAUUUCUAUUGCUGUUUGUGAUCUCUUUGAAAUUUUAAUGAGUGCAAAAAGUGUAACCUGGAAAGAAGAAAUGUAUGCUUGUAUUGUAGACUUGGUGAUGUUACAUUUAACUUCACGAGACGAAAUCGUACGAGACAAGUAUGGUUCAUUAUUGACACAAAUACCUUUAAAUAUAGUGGUACCAAAACUUAACAGAGAGUGCUUAUUGUCGGAAACGAAGAAAUAUCAAGGAAUAAAAAAUUAUUCGACUGAGUCUUUAAUUCUUGCUCAAAGAUUACAUAUGCGAGGAACUAGCACUGGAGAGAUGCAAGCACAACAUUUCAAGACUUAUAUGGCUUUUUUAUUGCAAGAACAAUAUCUUGAUGCAGCUGGAUUGUCGGAAAUAUUUACUCUAUGUUGGCCAAUUGUAUCUGAGAGCGACACUAUCAAGAAAAUGUAUCGUUUAGCACUUGCAAAUAGAUCUUUUUUAUACUUCUGGGCUGGUUUUGAGGCAGCUCAACAUUGUGUGACGAACAAGCUUCGUACUUCAUUAGGAAAACCUCAAGAAACAUUUACGUCAAUCGAAAAUGCUUUGAAAACAUUAGCACGUGAAAUUUCAUACAGCUGUGAAACAACGAAAAAAGAGAAACGUAGCUUGGAUCAUCUACUAAGCGAACAUACUCGAGUACGAUUAUUUAUUGAAUUUCUUGAACAUCUUGAGAGAGUAAUACAUAACGCAGCAGAAGGUUGCGCGAUCGCUCUGUUACCAUUGUCGAAACCAGUUAGAACCUUCUUCCAUACUAACAAAUCGACUUGUAAAGAAUGGUUGAAUCGUAUUCGAUUGGCAUUAUGUGUAGUAUCGUUGCAUCCUGGAUUAGCUAGCAGUGCUCUGAGAAAUAGUCAGAGAUUAUUAGAGGAUUUAAGUAAUAGUGAUAAUACACAGGGUAUCGAAUUUGAAAGAGCGACGCUUUGUACGGCACAAGCUAUGGUAAUAUUGGGAGAGGCAGAGGCGUUACAGGGACUUUACGUUUAUACUAAGGAAAAGGAUAGAAAAUUUCCGUGGUUGAAAGCUGCCAUGGAAGAAGCUGCACAUCGCUACGAAUCUGCUGCCGAAGCGUAUAAGUUAAUUAUAGAGGAGCAUAUGCGCGUUGCAAGUAAUCGACUUGGAAAAGAUGUAGACCAAGAGGAAGAGGGAGAAGAUGUAGCUGACGGUAAUAGCGUUGGUGGUGUUGAUGGUACUAGUGCGAAUGAGGAGAUUUCCGAUGGAAAAGGCAAGUCUUUUAAAUCCGAAGGAGAUAAUCAAGUACUUGGUUUUUGUAUGCAACGAUUAUCUCAUUGUUACGAAGCUGUCAGUGACUGGACUCGGUUAGAGGCUUGGAAACAGCAAGAGGCUGAAAUUUUUGCCCGAGAUAAAAGUGCCGUUCUCAGAAAACAAUUAUUUACGGAGAGUAGCGCUUCUCAACAAGCAACAUGUUUAAAAAAAUUUGAAAAUGGUGAAAACAUAUGUUUAGACGACCUAACUGAUUGGAGCUUACUAGAUGGAGGAACCAGUAAAACGGUAAAUUGGAAUUGCGCGAAAACGUUAGUGGAAUGUGGUAAUACGUUGACUAAUAUUGCACUUAGAAUUCAUAUAAAUGAAUAUAAAGAUUAUUUUGAGGAAGAGAUUGAACGAUGCCGGAGAGUGGCAGCUAAAAUUAUGGAAGAAGGUCUAAGAAAUGUACCUUCGGAAUACUUAAACGAAUCUAUAUUAGUACGAUUUUCAGCAGAUGGGUUAAAAAAUAUCCUUUCUGGUAAGGAAGAAAAUAUAUUCGAAUUAUAUAAAAGCGAAAAACUUGAUCACAUGGAUUCGAGCAUACUGACGCGAACAUUAUGGUGGUCAGAAUAUUUCGGUAGAACAAGAAAGAAUAAUAGUCCUGAAGCGCGAUUAGAUAAUAAUGAUGUAACUGAUCUAAGAUUGCAUAUUGUUCGAACUGCUAGAAAGGAAGGUAAUUUUGAACUAGCGAAACGCGAACUACUUAAUUAUUUGAGAUCCGAACGAGAGCUUUGUCGAUUUGAAGGAGGCGAACGAAAUUACAUUAAUCUCGACUUUGAUCAAGCAACUGAUGAUGUUUUGACGAACGUGAUGCACGUAAAAUGGUCGAAGAAUAAUAUACGUGCUUUCCGUGAAUUUUCAAAAUUGCUAUAUGAUAUGGAACGAGUUAAUAAAGCGUUAAAGGUAUGUAGUGCAACUGCACUUGGAAUAUCUCGAACUAUCGUUGAUGGAGAACAGUCGGCUGAUUUACGUGAGAACGGUACAAUUCUACUUUUGACUCUUGGUAAAUGGAUACAACAAGAGAUAGGCAGCAUUGAAAAUGGUCAAUUGGAGCAAUUGCUCGAAUUUGAAGCUACCCAUAAUGAUGGCUUGAUGAACAAGCUAUUCGGUCCUACCACGAAUUCAAUACCUGUUUCAGAUAUGAUAAUCGGUAGAUUAACACAACUGGGUGUAAACCAAUGUCCAGAUUUGCCACUUGCGUGGUGCAGUUUUGCCAGUUGGUGUUACAAAUGGGGAAGAAAGAUUGUAGAUAAUUCAAAUUCAGGUCAGUUGACUGAUUCGGAUAGAGCAACCAUACGAGACUUAUUACCAUUCGAUACAAGUGAAUCUGACUUGAACGCAAUCUUUUCAAUUUUGUCUCAAAAUAAAACAAUUCCUGAAGACGAAGGCGACAUUACAGACACUUCCAAUGAUGUUAAUACUUCAGAUAUGAUAGAAAAUCAAUUACGUAGCGUUUCAAUAUUAAGUCGUAUUAGCGCUGAUCGUCUCACAACGUUGGUCGAUAUCUGGAGGCAAGCACAGAAGAGGAUUUAUGCAUAUUACGAGCUUUCUGCAAACGCGUAUUUCAAGUACUUGCAACUUGCCGCGAUUAAGGAGGCCAACGAUUGCGCUACUAUUACAGCUACACUUAGAUUGCUACGACUGGUUGUGAAACACGCUCUCGAAUUACAAAAUGUUCUAGAGUCUGGUCUUUCCUCAACUCCUACUGCUCCAUGGAAAGAGAUAAUACCGCAAUUGUUUUCCAGACUUAGUCAUCCUGAGUCUUAUGUACGUACACGAGUAUCUGAAUUGCUGUGCAGAGUUGCAGAGAAUUCACCACACUUGAUCACUUUUCCAGCUGUAGUUGGAGCGGUUUCUGGUCAAAAGAAAAAUUGCAAUAAAGUACUUUAUGAGAAAGCAGAAACUGAUUCAUCUCAAAACGAUUUAGAUUUUAUCGAAGAAGAAGAGGAAAUGGACGCUGAGAGCUCUACUGUACCUUAUCAAGACGAGCAAGAAAAGUUUAUGGAUUGUUGUUUCUCGCAAUUGGUAGACUGUCUAUCGAAUAGGAUUCAAGAUUCCAUUGAGCAAGUGAAAAUACUCGUCAAAGAGCUGCGUCGAAUUACAUUACUAUGGGAUGAGCUGUGGUUAGCAACACUGUGUCAGCAUCACACUGAAAUUUCUAAGCGAUUUGAACAACUAGAAAUGGAAGUACAAAAAGUGCAGGAUAAUUCUUGGUUGAGUGUUGAGGAAAAGGAUAAAUUAAUUGCAGAAAAACACAGAAUUAUAUUGAAGCCAAUAGUUUUCAUAUUAGAAAACCUUUCGGCUAUGACUUCCGUUUCUGCCGAAACACCUCAUGAAAAGACAUUUCAAGAGAAAUUUGGUCCGUCGAUAGAAGAAGCAAUCAAUAAAUUAAACAAUCCUAAGAAUCCUGCGAAACCGCAGAUUGCGAGUAUAUGCUUGAAACAAUUGGAAGGCAAAUUAGCUCAACGUGUACAUAGGCGAGCCGCAUAUUCCCUUUCCAUGAAUGAUAUCAGUCCGGUAUUAGCCAAUUUGAGAAAUACAUGUAUCGCUAUGCCAGGUGUUGCUGCAAAUGAUAACAAAAUUGUUACUAUAAAAUCUGUAGACAAUAAUGUUCAGAUAUUACCAACCAAAACGAAACCGAAAAAGCUUGUGUUCCACGGUUCCGAUGGACACGUAUACACAUAUUUGUUUAAAGGUCUGGAGGAUCUUCAUCUGGAUGAAAGAAUCAUGCAGUUUUUAAAUAUAUGCAACACUAUGAUGUCAAAAAAGGGUGAUUCGAAAAAAGUAUAUAGGGCGCGCCAUUAUUCAGUUAUACCAUUAGGUCCACGAUCUGGAUUAAUACAGUGGGUCGAUGGCGUGACACCCUUGUUCGUCUUGUACAAGAGAUGGCAACAGAGAGAGAGUACUAUGCUUAAUAAAACUGGUAGUUCUGCAAUAUUAAGACCGUCUGAACUAUUUUACAAUAAAUUAACUCCACUUCUGAAAGAGCGAGGAAUCGGCCUGGAAAACAGAAAAGAAUGGCCUGUUCAAGUUUUGAAACAAGUUUUAGCUGAACUAAUGGCAGAAACUCCUAAGGAUUUGCUAGCAAAAGAGAUUUGGUGUAAUAGCAUAAAUGUUGGAAGUUGGUGGCAAGCAACCAAAAAUUACUCCUAUUCGGUGGCCGUAAUGUCAAUUAUCGGCUAUAUCAUUGGUCUCGGUGAUAGACAUUUGGAUAAUGUAUUAGUUGAUCUCAAUACAGGCGAGGUUGUUCACAUCGAUUACAAUGUUUGCUUUGAGAAAGGCAAAACUUUACGCGUACCAGAAAAAGUGCCAUUUAGAAUGACUCCAAACAUCAGAACAGCACUAGGAGUAACUGGAGUCGAGGGCAUAUUUCGUUUAACUUGUGAACAUACGCUCCGAGUAAUGCGUCGAGGACGAGAAACCUUAUUGACCUUGCUUGAAGCGUUUAUAUAUGAUCCGCUAGUCGACUGGCGAGCUGGUGCGGAUAACAGCAUUGCGAGUUACGGAGCCUGCCAGGCUAGAGCACGAUGUACGGGGAUUGGGAGGAAACAAUUAGAACAGGAACUAACACGAGCAAUGUUCGCCGUUCGAGCAGCAGAAAUGCGUGCCGAAUGGUUAGCAAAUAGAGAUGAGUUGGUGAAGAUCUUUCCAUCUCUGUGCCACCACUUGAAUUGUUGGGUAGAGGCAACGGAUAUCACGCGUCAGUGUCAGGAUUUAUUACAAGACAGACACCAACAGCUUGCUUUAGUCAAAGAAGCACAAGCAAUGGGACGUAAUCAUCCACUAUAUUCUGUGAUAAAGCGUUAUAAUUCUUUUAAAAGAGCACGCGAUGCCCAUGAAAAAGCAAAAGCUGGGUUGAAAGAAAAGAUUGAGGACUGUGAAAAGCAGAUUAACAUGCACAACUUGGCACUUUCAAUCGUACGAGGUCCGCAAUUAGGACAAUGGUUGGCAGAAUUGGGUACGUCCACGAGUCAAGAGGAUCACGUAGUUUUUGAUCUUGUGAAAGAAUUCUUACAGAAUGCUGGUCAAAGUCAAAUGAUACUUCAAUGUGAACAAUCAGAAAAUGAAUUGACACAAUUGGCUACACAACAGUCUAUUCUAAUACGAAAUUGUUUGGAUUUAUUGAGUCAAUAUUCAGCGAUUUGUAGCCUGUAUCCGCUGAGUAAUAUGUCGCAACAUCGUACAGUACUUUAUCACGGUUGGGCUAACAAGCUUUUAAACACUGGAGGCGUCGAAACUUGUCGUGAAGUUAUGGUGCAAUUUGAAAAUACUUUUGAUCCGAUCAAAAUCUCCAACAAUCAGCAAGUUCAACAAAUAAUAACAUUUUCUUAUCAAAUGCAAGCGAUUCUAAAUGAAGCAAAUGAAAGAUUAAAGAAAGCAUACGAGAGGAUGGUUUCGGAGGGUUUACCGGAAUCAGUCACUAGAAUAGAGAAAGCAUAUGGAGAAUCUAGAGUACAGAUACAAAACUUUCUGAGACGAGAUAAAGGUGCGGAAAGGGCACUCGAAUGCGUCAAUAUAACCGCACUCUGCGCUUUGAAUAAGAGAUACUUAAUGAUGGAAGGAGCUGCUAAAUGUGCAGGGGAUUGUUUAGUUGAUCUUACAUCCAGAGAAGGAGACUGGUUUUUAGACGAAAUGCGUUUAAUGUCAUCGUUGAUUGCUGAGCUAGUUAGUUUGAUACCUGAAUGCCAUAAAACCAACAAUGAUCCCAAGAUAUCUCUUAUAUUAAAAUGUCUAAGAGGAUCCGAUUGCAUCUACAAAGGAUUGCAAGAACUUAAUUAUAACUUCCACACGAUCAUUUUGCCUGAAGCGAUGAAAACGAUCAUAACGGAAGAGCCAACUGUGAUUAGAAUGAUAGGAGAACUAACAGAGAUAAUUGUAUCAUCCGGUAUACCACUUGGUGAUAUCCUAGGCCAGUUAGAAAUGCAUCUCAGGUUUACCGUUAUGGAGAUGGAAAGUCCUCAUGCAAUGAUACAAAACGUCGUGAAUAACAUGAGAUUAAGAUUCGAGGCAAUGCUAUCUCGACCUGCUGAAAUUCAAGAACCUAAUCAAGAUGAGACAUUGACGCCUGGUCAAAUGCUUUUAAUGGGCUUUAAUGGUUUGUUCGAAAAGCUCCAGAUGGAAGGUAACGCGUUAAUCGCUACUUUGAGUACGCUCGAUAUUCCCUCAUCCUGGAGAAAAAUUGAUCAGAUUCGAGAAGCGAAAGAAAUGUCUGCACCAAUAUUCAAUAAGACAGCUUGUCAGGUGUUGGAGGAUAUAUUUUUGGUCAAACGAUUACAUACCAUACAAGAGUUCUUCAUGAUGUGUAGAGAUAUUGCAACUGCAUUUAAAGGCGGUUUAGCAAACAUUUACAAUGACGAAAGACUAAACAAACCAAUAAGAAUCUUUACAGCCGAUUACGUGUCACGGCAAUUGCUUGGUGUUACUUCUCAAACAUUAGCUAUCGCACUCUGUUUCUUAUUACAACGAAUGGGUUUAAGCGUUACUACCGAGAUCGAGCAAAGGGAUAUCGGAGCUGAGAGUAAAGUUUCGAUAGAAGAAUUGUGUAGAAAGGUUGUCGAUAUAUGCUUAAAGAGAGGUCUCUUUUCCGGUUCUGUUCUUGCUCAAGCUAGUGCUCUCAGUAGCACUCUUGAAAGUGUUUGGCGAAGAAAACAGAGUGCUAGAUUUGCUCAGCAAUGUGUCGAAGUAGCCAGGGCCAGCAUGCAGAGACUUCAGCUACAACUAACAGCUCAUCACUGGUUGCACGAGGAUAGCUUACUAAUGAGGUCAAAUGUUAAUUUAAUGAAUCCUUUGAAUCGUUCUGGAUUUAUGUUAGAACUUCGAAAAACAGCGACAGCACUUACUGCUCUGCAAUCUCGAGUAUGUGAAGCACGAGAACAACAACAAAAUCUUGUUUCCAGCGCAGUGCAACGAUUGAAGUGGGCUGCUGGAGCGAACCCUGCUCUCGGAGAAGUCAUGUCCGCGUUUGAUAACGCGGUACUUUCAUCUUGUGAAAAAUUAACUCGACAGCAUAAACUUGCGACUAAUGUAAUCAAUACCUGCAAUUCUAUAUUGCAUUAUGAAGCUCUAAGAACUAGGACAUCUGAAAGUGUGACACACGAUACGAAUUUUGUCAAACUGAUCAAGCAUUGGGAAGAGAGCUGCAUUUUGACGAUGAAUUUAAAUAUAACAGUAACCGCAAUCGAAGAGAGUCUUGUCGAACUAUUACACAUGGAAAGCAACGUUGACAUGAAUUGGCUAAAGCAGGCUGAGAGAUUUAUCUCUGAAGCGAUACUUGAUGUUCAAAAGAAAUUGCAAGAAAAGCAAGAAGGUUUGCUUUCAGCUCAAGAACGUUUGAGAGAGCAAGUAUCAAACUUACAAAAUGUGUUAACUGAGCAUCAUAGAUUAAUGUCGGAUGUACGAAUACUAUUACGAACUAUGGUGAAACAAGAGAACAUCGAUGGCCUACAAGAAUUUCUUUCUUCGUAUCGGUCUUUCACUGAAAGCAUAUCGGCGAUCGUAAAGGAACUGGAAUCUGACAAUUUAGAUGCAAAUAGAGGAAGAACGAUUAAAGAAGAAUUGGAAAAUAUGGCAACUGUGGCACCAAAUUUGUACAACGAGUUAUUAGGAUUCGCCAAUGAAAAGAAAAUAAAUUCAGCAAAGAUGUCUGAGAAGCAAAAAGAGAUAGAUAAGGAAAAAGAAAGGAGCCGUGAAAGAGAGAGUGAAACUGAAACUUCAAUAGCUAGUUCGAUAAAGAAAAAAGGAAAAUUAAUGAGACAGGAGGGUGUGUGUUACAGUCCUAAGAAAGGAAUUCCACCGACUCGAGACCCAACUACAGGAAAAGCUGUUCAAGAGCGAAACGCGUAUGCAUUGAACAUUUGGCAUCGCGUACGGAUGAAGUUAGAAGGGUGCGAUCCUUAUCCAACAAGAAAGUAUACAACGGCUGAACAAGUGGAAUACGUGAUACGCGAAGCUCAGAGCACCGACAAUUUAGCCCUCUUGUAUGAGGGUUGGACACCAUGGGUCUGAACGAAAAAAGAUUGACGCAACCGCGUCGAUGGUUUAACGCUCGUCACACACGGUACUCGAGUUAGUACCGUUCUUCGCUCUAUGCUCCACAGAGCUAGCUCUCUGUCCGACCAGGUGUGAAGUAUAUCUUCGUUGUCACCUGAAAGAGAAAGUUCAUGUCUGUAAGGAUGCCGUUUAAGUUCGGCAGCGCGCUCUUGCAUACAGAGAAAUUCCAGCGCGAUUCACGAACGAACUUCGAUUCUGGCACUGAUUCUAUGAUUAUCUCAAAAAUCUCUCGUUAACAAUGCGUACUGUGCGAUCUAUAUCAAGGUUUCUUCUUUCCUUUUUUGCGUCUAAUCUUUAUCCGUUUUCCUUCUGGUCAAAGUAGAUUAAAGUACAAUAGCCGAAAAACAAAAAGAAACAGAAUUAAAAGAAAAGUGUGCACUUAUGUACUAUUUGUUGUUAUGCAAAGGGCAACAAAGAUUGUUUCGACAAGCAGGUUAAAAGAUGAGAAAAAAAAUAUAAACUAAAGAAAAUAUAAACUGACGUACGAUCGAAAAAUCAACAGUCUUAUUGCGUAUAUUGCUUGUAUGCUUAAAUGUCGAUGUUAGAUUUGGGAAAAGCAUAGAAUCUGCCGCAUCUUUGAAAUGACAAGGAAUAAGGGCAGAAAGAAAAUGACGCGGAGGAGCUCGAUAACGAUAAACGCGUCGAUAGUGACACUGCCACAGAUAUUUGUUCGAAAGAAGAUCGAUAUCUAUUAUUUCUUUAUUUUAGUAAAUAUUGAUUGAAUUUUAUAAUUGUAACCUAAUCUUGAAAGGAAGAACGUAUAUAGCGUUCGCGAAUGAGUAAGGAUAAUAUUUGGAAAUUUGAAGCGGGACCAAGAACGAUAUGUCACUGUCGAAUCGCGAGUAAAGUAACCGAGAUUAUGGAGAUGCUGGAUGAAAAACAAAGUGUAUUUUUCGUGUUCGUAUUCGCUAUUCGAUAUUAAUGUAAAUCAUCAUGAUCUCAGCACUCUUAUUUUUUUCCUAAAGUGGGAGUACAUAUUUUUCCGAAAUUUCAAUCGAUAAUUGUUUAAAUCAUAGAAGUUUAUCGCGAAAUUUUCCAUAGGUAUUAUUUUUUUUUAUAUUUGGUAGAAUCUGUCAUAUUAAUUCUAGAAGCUUGUUUCAACAAAUAUUAUACAACAAUCAUGGUAAUCAAUCAUUAAUCUGUAAUAGCUUAUAAGAAUGGAAACGUCGGAAAAAAUGAUAUUGCAAAUAUGAAACAAAAUUUGUUCCUUUUCAUAUUAAACAUGUGAUGAUGAUCAUAAGCGUUGCUGGAUCAUACUAUUUUCUCUUUUCUUUUCUUUUUUUUUUUUUUUUUUUUGAGGGAAAGGGGGAGGAAAAGAAGGUCGCACUUUAUAACCAAUAAAGUUUAUGGUAUGUAUAAAAAUUAUGAAAAAGAUGUAUUCCCUUUGGUUUAAUUACACUUUUGAGAAACAA